CAGGUGAUGCAGGAUGGGGAACCUGCUGAGGCUGCUUGCGCGGGACGAGGCCGGCAACAGCUGCUGCUCGCACCAGAAGUACGACGUCUUCCUGGACUUCGAGAACGCGUCGCCGAGCGAAGCUGAGGCCGACCUCUACAAAGACGUGGCUCGGGUGUUGCAAGUGUCGCAGGAAAUCAUCCAAGAACUCCACCAGUACAAGGGAGCCGCCAAGGAAAUCAGAGAGGCCAUCAGCGACCCCGGCGACGACUACCAGCGGCGGGCGUGGGAGACGGUGACGCCGCUCGUGCAAAAGCUCAAACAGUUCUAUCUUUUCUCCAAUGACAUAGAGGUGAUCGUGCCGCGGAUCCUUGCUGAAUUAUGCGGGCCAGAAGUAACGCCAACACAGCACCUGGAGACACAGCAAGCACUUGUCAAGCAGUUUGCGGAGAUUCUCGAGUUCACGCUCAAGUUCGACGAGCUGAAGAUGACAACCCCAGCCAUCCAGAACGACUUCAGCUACUACCGACGCACAGUCAUGAGGGGGAAGCUGGAGUCCAACAACGGCACGGACCCAGGCGAAGACGAUGUCACCAUUGACCACCAACUAGCAAAUAAAAUGAGUCUCUUCUAUGCUAACUCCACGCCCAUGCUUAAGAUCCUCAGUGAAGCCACUUCGAAAUUUGUAACCGAGCACAAAGAGAUUCCCCUGGAGAAUACUACAGAGACCCUGGGCACCAUGGCCAAGGUCUGCCAGAGAAUGCUGGAGAAUCCAGACUUAAUAGCAAGAUUCAGGCGGGAGGAAACACAACUCUUUAUCCUCCGCGUGAUGGUUGCCCUCAUCAUCCUGUACGACCAUGUUCACCCCCACGGUGCUUUUGUUAAGGCUUCCAAUGUUGAUGUGAAAGGUUGUGUGAAGGUUCUGAAGGACCAGCCUGCAUCCAGCUCAGAGAACUUACUUAAUGCCCUCAGAUAUACGACCAAGCACCUUAAUGACGAGAAUACGCCAAAGCAGAUCAAGACUUUAUUGUCGGUAUAACACCACAACCCUAGUAUUAUGUAGAUUGGUCAGUGGGGUCGACGUGUGACUCCUGUUGUGUGUUCCCUAGGCAGACACCCACUGUUUCAUGCAUAUCUCUCUUAGGGGAGUCUAAACUAGAAUGAUAUAUGAACUCUUUUG